GCGCAUGCGUGAUAAACAGGAAGCAAAACAACCAAAUUAUGGGGUUGUUCGGUAAAUCUAACCAAAAACCACCUAAAGAUCAGGUGAAGGAGUGGUGCUCUAAUUUGAGGAAGGAAGGUUAUAAGUUGGAAAGGCAGAUCAAAUCCAUUGAGCGAGAAGAGGAAAAGGUGAAGAGGACAAUCAAAGACUCGGCCAAGAAAAACCAACCUGAUGUCUGUAGAAUUCUGGCCAAAGAACUUGUUCAAUCAAGAAAGACAGUUUCAAAGAUUCACUCAGCUAAGGCACAUUUGAACUCAGUGUCCAUGAGUAUGAAGCAACAGCUUGCUACACUGCGUGUAACAGGGGCAUUAGAGAAGAGUACCGAAGUGAUGAAAAGUAUGCAAAAUCUAGUCAAGGUGCCAGAAGUUCAAGCCACAAUGAGAGACAUGUCCAAAGAGAUGAUGAAGAUGGGUAUCAUAGAGGAAAUGAUGGAAGAUACAUUUGAGUCUCUAGAUGAUGAUGAGCUUGAAGAUGAAGCAACAGAGGAGGUUGAGAAAGUAUUGUUCGACCUCACUGCAGGGGAGUUGGGUAAAGCUCCGUCAGCUGUUGAGGAUUCACUUCCUGUUCACGAGCCAGAGGGAGCCACAGCAGCCCCAGAAGAAGAAGACGUUACAGAAAUGCAAGCAAGACUUGAAGCUCUAAGAAGUUAAUCCAAAUAUGGCAGAGUUAUCCAUAUAAGGCAGUGUUAUCACGACUUGCACAUUCAAGAUCUGAUAGUGGCCGCUGUUUCAUUUCAAGCAUUUUAAAGUGGUGCGAAUACUUUUUAUAUUGUAUUGCAAUCUCGUUCAUAACUGAUCUUUGCAGUACAAAAGACAGAUAAAAGAACCAUAAAUGAAUUUUAAUUGCUUGUGGUUGAUACAUGAACUCAUCUUUAAAAAGAUAUUUGAAGAAUAGAGAAAUCAGAACACUUUUUAAUUGAUAUAUUUUGAGUCUUAAUUGGGAUCAAAGUUCAUGUAGACAUUUGGGUUUCUCUUCUAUUUCUGUCCAAUUUCUACUUUGGAUAAAAAUUACUAUUUUUAAUAUACACUCUAUACUUCAAAUUGGUAGCAGAAGUUCUUCAGAAUGAUAUUCAUUAAAAGAAGGAGAAAGAAUUGAAAAAGUGGACAUCAAAUCUCCAUACCUUUAUUUGUAAGAAAAGGGAUACAUGGGUGUUUAUAUAUGCUAAUGUAAACCACUGAGUUUUUUGCCAUUUUUACAGUCCUGACAAGCCAUUGUAUUUGGUGAAAUAGAAAAACAAUAAGUGCAAUCCUGAAUUGAAUAUUUUAUAAUUUAAUGUUUUAUGUUGCGCAAAGCUGGUUUUUACUCCAUGUACAUAGUGUAGAAAUAAUUGAAAUUUGUAAAAAGUUUUGUAAGAUAAUAUUUAUGAAAUAUUUCAAAGUAGUGAACUGUUAACAGUAUAUAUAAAUAAACAAAUUAUUGUGACUAAGAAGACUAGAAUCUAAAUUACUGAUACAUGUAGGUCUAAAUUACUGAUACCUUAUUGUAACAGAAGCAGACCUUAAACAUCAAAAUGUUAAAAAAAAAUUUCUUAGGUCUGAUAAUGAUUUUACUGUUUAAGUUGUAAUUUUUCUGAAAGAAAAUCUACCAGAUUUAUCCAAAAUUCAAAUUGUAUUUGACUGGGUAAUUGAUAAGAAUACAAAUCAUUAAAAUAAAGCUUAUUUUCAA